AUGGUGAUCAUAUCUUCGCAACCUUCACACCAUCGGCUGCCAUUGUUGAUGAAUGGAUCGCCAAUAUACUGCGUAUUAACUCAACAAACUUCUGUCGGGCUCGAUACUGAAUGGUGUUUGCCUACUGAACCACAUGGUUAUCAAAAGGUUGCCAUCAUUCAACUUUGUGUAGGUAAAAGAUGCCUUAUAUUUCAACUUUACCAUGCAGACUAUAUUCCACCAUCUUUGAUCCAAUUUCUUAGCAACAAGAAGUUCACAUUUGUUGGUACAGGGGUGCGAGAUGAUGCUUAUAAAGUAUUUCAAGAUUAUGAGCUGCUUGUGGCUCAUACUAAGGAUGUAGGUUACUGGGCUGCUAAGAAAUAA